GUUACUGUCGACAAAACGGCAAACCAAGGAGAAAGAAGCCAAAAUGCCGUGGAAAGUAUACGACGGGAGAGAACCGAUUGAAGUGUUUUUGAAUGGAAACAGACCUUCGAAUAUCCAGCAAAGUAUAUGUCCAUGGGUAUUUGUACCUUGUCAACAUGAAGAACUGAGUGAUGACAACAAGGAUGAGGCAGACACGAAUGGUGCACUUCCGUUGAUGAUUGCCGAGUGGAAAGGUUUGGUGAAGUCUCUAAAACAUGUUACAGCAGAAACCCUGAAGGACUUGGCCGUAAAAUACAAAUACACAUCAGGAAAAUGGAUGAUAUUUGCUAACAGUGAUCAAAUAGAUGAAUUGUGGUUCACUGUUGCCAAAGCUGUAGCUGCAGGUAAACUUGGCAAUGCAGCCAAAGUGAGUUCAAAAAAGCCAGAUGGUAAUAGCCACGUGAUCUGCAUCUACACCAAAGACUUUACAAAAGAAGAUGAUGUCAGAAGAGUUGAAAAAGGGAUACGAAAUGCUGGCAUUCUGGUUGGGAUGCAGUACAAGCCUGAUAUAUAUACGAACUUGGGCAUUUAUGCCAAAAACAAGUUUGGGAUUGCCGCUUCUGUUUAUACAAGUCGAGCUGUUAAAAAAGUGUAAUUAAGCAAGGAACAUGAUGUGGACCUCAAUGUCUUGGGUGUUAUUUUUGUUUUUACUAUUCUUUUAUUCCAGAACGCAAAUUUCUUAACAGGAUCCAUUGAGAUGUUUAUCUUGCACUUGAUGUAUUACGAACUCACAGGAACGAAAUAUUGUACCGAUUAUUCUUGAAUAUAAGAAUGAAUGUAAUUAGAAAGUCAUUUAAAACAAGAUACACCAGACAAGUUUUCAAGGUAUUCAUCAUUUUAUUCAUUCAUUAAGAAUGAACUACUGUUUUUGAUAUCAAACUUAUCAGGCGUUUACUGGUUGAUACAACGAUUAGCAAUUGUUAGCACGGGAUCAUAUUGUUAGUUCAAUGUUCCUUCUUUACUCCACAGAUAGCAUUUGUUGAUUGGAUUCAUUGGACUGUACUUUUUGCACUUGAAUGCAUUGGCAAACUCGCAGGAAUUUGCCAAGGAACCAAUAAUCCUGUUAAAAUGAACAAAGGAUCGUGAUAUCAUGUUUGUUGAUCCUAGUUGAAGGGUUAAUUUCAAUAAUAUUACCAGCCAAUAUACAAACCUGAAUUUAUCAUCUCCAUGAUCUCUAUUAGUAUUAAAGUCCUUUCGAUAUUUAAGGGUAGAGGUUCCACAAAAGUGCUGUGUAUUGAAAUAAAAAAAUAUUAAAAAAACGAAAGAAUUAA